AUGGCAAGACUUCUUCUUGUUAAAUCGGAUGUAUAUGAAUUAGGAGAAGUUAUUGGACAAGGUGCUUAUGGAUGUGUAUUUAAAAGUCGAAAUGUUACAACCAAUGAAACUGUUGCUAUUAAAAAGAUGAGUAUAUUACGUACUCGUAAUGGUUUACCGGCUCCAGUAAUUCGUGAAGCUGCUCUAUUAAAACGUGUUGGAAAGGCUGAUAGUGAUAAUUUGAUUAAAUUAAAAGACGUAUUUAUUGAACCACCAAAUAUUGAUACACAAAAUAUGUAUUUUAUUUUUGAACAUGUUGAACGAGAUCUUGAACGUUAUCUUAAAUUACAUAAUCCUUUAGAUAUUAAUCAAAUUCGAAAUUUUACUCAACAAUUAUUAACAGCUGUAUCAAUUCUUCAUAGUCAUUCUAUUUUUCAUCGUGAUAUUAAACCACAAAAUAUUCUUAUUACACAUGAUGGUAUAUUAAAAUUGGCUGAUUUUGGUCUUGCUCGAGAAUACCAUGAACAUAAAGUGUUUACUACCGUGGUUGUAACAAUGUGGUAUCGAGCACCAGAAAUUCUUCUUUCAUCACCAUAUUGUACAUCAGCUGAUAUGUGGAGUAUUGGAUGUAUUCUUGGUGAAAUGGCAUUAGGACGACCAUUAUUUGCUGCUAAAUCUGAAAGUCGUCAAUUACGUCGUAUUAUUCUUUUAAUGGGUUUACCCAAUCAAGAUGAAUGGCCAAAUGAGUCUCCGAUUGGAAGAGAAGCAUUUGAAAAUUUUUCUCAAUCGACUAUUACACUUGAACGACUUGUUCGUUUUGAAGAUAAUUGUGCCUUUGAAUUACUUCGAUCAUUAUUAUCAUUCAAACAAAGUCUUCGUCCAACAGCUAAUCGAGCUUUGGAACAUAAUUUUUUUCGUCGAGUUGAUCAUACUUCAUGUACAUUAACAUGGUCUUCAGCUGAUAUAGCCGAAGUAACAGCAGCUGUGCCCAAUCUUGAUGCAUAUACCGAUGGUGAUUUUUCAAUGAACAUUGACGAUGAUGAUCAAAGAGUCGAGAAUAUUCGUUCAAGACAUAAUCCUAUAGAUCUUGCUUAUUAUUAUCAAUCAUGGUCAUCUCCUGAUGAUGGUCAACAUAUGUUAACUGUCGAUAGUCGUAUAAGUAGUAUUGCUGGCGACGUACCUCAAUCACCUAUCGAUAUUGUUUCAUGGUGGGAUUAA